AGAAUGCUGCUCGAAGAGAAGGCAAGUUGAGGCUCCAUUCUUUUGAGUGCAGCCAUGUCAUGGAGGCAUUAGCACAGGUGCUUUCAUGUUCGGUGUGCUUAGAGUUGUUCACUCCCCCCGUGCUGGUCCUAUCCUGCGCUCACAAUUUCUGCAAGAAGUGCCUGGAGAAGAUCCUCAUCAGCCAGAACUGUAGCCAUGUCAAUGGACAGUUCUCCUGCCCAAUGUGCAGAAAAAUCAUACCCUUGAGAGGGAGAGGGAUCAUUGGCUUGCCAAGAAAUAUUCUGGUGGAGAGUAUCUUGGAAAAAUAUAAGUAUGAGCUUGAAAAUGUGCAUGCCAAAGAACAAGACCAAUUGUCCCAAAUAUGUGAAGAACAUGGAGAGCGUAUGAAUUUGGUAUGCCUGACUGAUGAUAAGCCGAUAUGCUCCAUCUGCAAACUCUUUGGAGAGCAUGAGUCCCACAAUGUAGCAAAACUAUCUGAAGUUUAUUCUGAGAGGAAAAAGAGAUUGAUCAAAGAUUUAGAUUGGGUAAACCAACAAUCUGAACAUGCUGAACAAGCUAAGAAGGUGCAGUAA